AAAUUGAAGAACGAACACAACGGAUUCUAAUUUUGUUUUUAUCAUUUAGUUUUAUUUAUUGUAACUAUUAAAGUAAUCAUGGAGAAUUUAAUAAAGCCCCUGACAGAUAGUUAUUCGAAAUAUUACAUUCAAAAACAAAAGAGUCCCAGUUACAUAGAAAUGUAUACAAAAGUUAGCAACGAUGUUAUUCUCGUUUGUAAUAAGACCAAACAAACAUCGUAUAUCACGGAAACUUCGGAUAAUAACAAAAGAAAUGAGGCUGAGGAGCUAGAGUUAACAGGAUCUCCACUCAAACUAGACUUAAGUCUUACAAUACUGGAUGACACCAUGAUUUCUGAUGAACCUCAGUUGUGGAGCAAGGAAGAGGCUUUCCAUGGUCCUAUUGCUCUGGAUGUGGCGAGAGAAAUAGCAACUCUCUACAACAAGCACAGAAACCAGUUAUCAACCGAAGAAGCAGUACCACUAUGGAUACUAACAAACCCAUCAGAAGAUAGCAAGCCUUUACUUCUCACUAUACAAUCUGAUAGCGAACACUUUGCUAGAGGUUUAGUCACUUAUGAGGGCAGUAUGAACCAGGAUGAUGUAGAUUUGAACCUUCUUGUUGACGGUUAUGCUAAGCAAGAAGGAUUGAGUGCGGAUUUGAUAUCCACCACAGUUGAUUGCAAGUAUCUGAUCGCUGGCAUAUCAUACGGCUCCCACAAUACUGAUGAGUUAGUCAAUGCUCCACAUGGAGGUGUCACAGAGUUGUGCUGUCAGUGGGCGGGGAAGACACUCCAUACACCGUUUAUAAGCUGUAAAGUUAAUUUUGAACAAGAAAUAAUAGUAGGUCAUCUAGCAAGUCCAUGUAAUGCUCUUUGGAGGUCUGUGUGUGCGUUACACAAUAUGAACCAAAUGCUAGUAGACAUGACUGCUGCGGGAUUCGCUUCUGUUAAUCUGGAAACUGCAACUAUUAGAAACAACAUCCCCGGCGCAAAACGUCCGAACAACAGCAAACGCGUUAACGAGCUACUAAACGAAACUGAAACAUACGCUUAUACCGCGGAAGUACCUGCGGGCGGCUGUAUAUGUAUCACUGAAGAUACUACUACUUUAGGACAAUGUUUACAUAGCAUGAACACUAUCGGAUCUAGUAACGAUUUCACUUAUAAACUCUGGGAUAUAUUGAGAGAUUGUGAAACAGCAGAAGAACUGAUCACCUUAUUAAUUCAAGCCCUGAAAUUCAUAUCGUCGGGAAAAAUACGUCCAUUUAUCGACGCAAACAACAAAUCCUACUUAUCAAAGUUAGUCCUAAAACUGUCCCGAGGCCACUCUCAAGCUUCAAAAGUACUGAAGAACUUACGAUCCAGUCCGCCUCAAGCAUUAUCCCUGGUCGCUCAAGUGGGGACGGAGAAGACUAUGUGGGAGUACACCCGGGUUAUGUCACUGUUGGAACAUUCCUUCUUUAUUGCUGGGAUCUGGAAUAGUGAUGCCAGAACCCACGAAUCAAUAGAACAAAUAAACCAGACCAUACAAGACAUGACUAUGAGCGGCGGAGACUUCCAGCUCAAUCCCUUCGAAAGUCUAACAUCAGCUGAACACUCCAUACGUUUAGACUGCGAGUCGUUCUACGAAGACGAUCCCAAUGAAUUGACUGUUGAUGACUUCGCGUCAUUGAAGAAACAUGGCUUAGUUGCUGAGAAGAAAGACGUUAAUGAGGUGCCGCUGAUAACAGAUGAAAUUGACAUCAGUCCGUGGAAGAAUUUGCUGAUGAAGUUCGCACAAGUCCAUGUCUGUUUAGAACACCUUCAUCGCGCUGAAAGCUGUUUGAGAGCUGAUUUUGCCAGCCUAAAACCCUGCGCAUCUCGACUGCUAGAGCACUACGUAUCAGAGAAGUCGCCAAUCCGAACAGUGGGACAGCUAGUUAGCGACCCUGUACAGAAGAUUAGUAUGCCCAUCGCCAAUAAUAUCGUGCAGGAUCAUUUGAAAAAACCAGCAUUCUGGUAUCGUGUGGAAAUGACGAGAAAAGACAAUGCAGCCAACAAGGGCGUUCAAAGAGAUUCCAAGAUGGUGUACGUUUUCUCACAGCAACCUGUGUUCCCGCCCGCUGUGUGGCAGAAUUUGGAACCUCCAACGGAAGAAGUAGCAGAAGUAACAACUCUAGGCGAAGAAUUAAAGUAUCACAUCACAAAAUAUGUAUUUGUUAGCAACAGGCUUCUUAAUAAACUGCCUAUUUAAUGUACUAUUAUCUUGUAAGUUAUGUGCCUUA